AUGGGUGAAAUCAGCGAUGUCUAUAAAUUGUGGAGAAUUCGAAAAACUAUAUAUGAGAUGUGCAAUGAUCGAGGUUAUAGAGUGACAGAUGCAGAGUUGAAUGAGCCUCUCCAAACUUUUCAAUCUUAUUACGACCAGCUACCUUCAAAGACAGAGCAGACAAUGAUAUUUAAACAUUCAACUAAUUCAGCAGACUCUCUAAUGGUUUUCUUUGGUGGGGCUGAGAAGAUAUCUGGGGUGAUGGCUAAGAAUUUCAUGGCCAGGAUGUUGGAAGAAAAGUGUGGGAGAGCGUUGUUGAUCAUUUCCAAUGUUAAAGCGAUGACCUCAAUUGCAAAAAAGGAUAUUGAAGAGGCGGUCCCAACAUACAACAUUGAUGUCUUCACCGAAAUAGAACUCCUCGUCAAUGUCACCAGACAUAAGCUGGUACCUCAACAUAUUCUCUUAUCACAAGAGGAAGCAGCUAAAGUCUUAGAAAAAUAUAAAGCCAAAGACCACCAUCUGCCUCGUAUGCUCUCUUCCGAUCCCAUUGCUCGAUACUAUGGCAUGAAAAAAGGACAGAUAGUGAAAAUUAUAAGGAAGAGUGAGACAGCCGGGGUGUAUGUCACAUACAGAGUUGUUCUCUAG